UUAGUCCCAGUUACGGGAGUUUAUAGCCUGGAGUCUGGCUGGUGCAGAGUGCAGUGGUGCAAUUUGUUGCUGCGACCCGAACGGAGAAAAAGACAGACUGGCUCUACACUUGGUCCUCAACAAUAGCGCAGAAGAAGAAUAAGAGAAUUGUCACUUUUUCUUGAAAUACAUGAGAGACAGAGAGACUAAUCUGUGCAGAUCCUUUGCUGUGUAAAGGGGAGGGAAGAGGAAAUAAAUCUUUGUGAGAAGAAAGUAAAGACCAUGGGAAGUUUGCAGCAGAGAGGGAAGCGUGAGUGCUUCUGUUUGUGUGUGGCCAGGCUGCUGCUGUUGGCUCUGACAGUGACAGGUAGCACAAGGGGCUAUGAGAGUUUGGAAAGUGCGGAACUUUAUUACGGAUUUAUGUCGGGACUGUCCGAGGACUCCAUCCUUCUGGCCAACAACGGUAUCCGUGUGCCCUUCGGCCGCUCGGUCGAUCUGGAUCCCAUCCACGACCUGGUCAUCCAGGUCCAGCCGGGAGACAAGUGCACGGUCACUGUACUGGGCAACGACCCACUGUCGCAGCGGCCGGGCCAGCUGAGUCCCAAGAAGUUCCCGUGCGAUUUCGGGCGGGACGAGGUGAAGUACUCGCACUUCGGCUCCCGGAGCCCGUCCCGGGACCGGGUGAAGCUGCAGCUGAGGUACGACAGCCAGACGGACACGGUGAUCAUCCCGUUCAUGCUGGAGGUCGAGGUGGUCUUCACCCAGCUGGAGAUCGUCACCCGCAACCUGCCGCUGACCGUCGAGCGCCUCCUGGGCACCAGCAACGCGAUCGACCGCAAGGUGUUGGAGCUGAGCUACCAGCCGAGCUGGCAGCGCUGCCGCCUGGCUACCUUGAGUGGCGCCGGCGGCCUCCCACGCUACGGGCGGUUAGUGGACGAGAGGCAAGGAGGUGGCGGUGGCCAGUUGCUGGACUGCCAGGAGUUCCUGGACUCGGGCGUGCGGUACCGCCACAUGGCGGCCACCGGCUCGCCCAACCGGGACUACAUCCCGGCGGUGGUCGAGCUGCACAACGCCGAGGGCCAGCUGCUGAAGCAGGAAUACUUCCAGAUCGUGGUGCGCAUCCGAGGCGGAGCGGACAACACGGCGCCCAAGCCCAGCUUCGUGGCCAUGAUGAUGAUGGAGGUGGACCAGUUCGUGCUGACCGCCAUCACUCCGGACAUGCUGGCGGCCGAGGACACCGAGUCCGAGCCCGGGGAGCUGGUCUUCAACAUCACGUCGCCGCCGCCGCUAGGCUCGGUGGUCAGCACCGACGACCGGCACCUGCCCAUCACCUCCUUCUACCAGCGCGACCUGCAGGAACUGAAGAUCGCUUACCAGCCGCCGGCCGCCGACUCCGACCAUGAGAGGAUCUUCCAGAUCGAGUUCGAGGUGGUGGACACCGAGGGCGCCGUGUCCGAGCCGUUCGCCUUCGUGGUGGUGGUCAAGCCGAUGAACACGCUGGCGCCGGUGGUGAGCCGCAACACCGGGCAGCUCCUGUACGAGGGUCAGUCCCGGGCCCUGUCCAGCUCCCGCAACCUGCAGCUCAGCGACGAGGACAACCUGCACGAGGUCAGGCUCACCGUGCUCGACGGCCUGAGGCACGGGCAGCUGACGGUGUUGGGCUCCCGCCGCAAGUUCUUCACCGCCGCCGACCUGGACGCGGGCACCGUGCUCUACCAGCACGACGGCAGCGACACGUACAGCGACAACAUCGUGUUCCGCAUGACGGACGGAGCGCACGACGUCGAGUUCCUCUUCCCCAUCACCGUGGUGCCCACCGACGACGAGCCGCCGGUCGUCAACGCCAACACCGGCCUGAGCGUGCCCGAGCACCAGGCCGCGCCCAUCUCCCCGUUCGUGCUCAGCGCCACGGACGUCGACUCCGAGGACUCGACCAUCCGCUUUGUGCUCGAGCCGCCCGUGCCCGGCCUCGGGGAGAUGGUCCUCCGGCAGGUGGAGCCCCCUCCCGACCCUUCCUCCUGGCAGCACUCCGAGAGGGCGGGCGCCUACGAGAAGGUGGUGAUGGAGUGGUCCCAGCAGGACAUCAUGGACGGCAGGCUCUUCUACCGCCAUGUGGGCCCUCACAGCACCGAGGCGGUGAUGGAGCAGCUGGUCUUCCGUGUGCAGGAUGACAACGACCCGCCGAAUCAGUCCGGCGAGCACACCUUCGUGAUCAAAAUCCAACCGGUGGACGACAUCGCCCCCGAGCUAUACCCGGGCACCACUUUACAGAUGAUCGUGGAGGAGUAUCGCCUGACCCACUUUCGCAGGAAAUUCCUUCGCUACACCGACCUGGAUUCGGACGACAGGGAUCUGAGAUAUACCAUUACAAAACCCCCCACCGACACCGAUGAGAACAACCCCGUGCAAAUGGGCAACGUCGUCUUGACAGAAAGCCCCAGUACCCUGGUGGGCGAGUUCACCCAAGCUCAGGUCAACCACCACAAAAUUGCCUACCGACCUCCUGAUGUGGAGCUUGGUAUUACUCCUCAUGUGGUUCAGUUUGAGUUUACAGUGGAAGACACGGCUGGCAACAGCGUGGAUGGCACCUUCACCAUCUUUCUGCAGCCUGUUGACAACAAACCACCUCAAAUAACCAACACUGGCUUUAUAAUGUUUGAGAGAGAUACCUACAUAAUUACAAGUGCCGAACUAGAUGCUACAGAUCCGGACACAGAUGGACCCCAGAUUACAUUUACGCUCUCUCAGCUUCCGAAACAUGGUCAGUUGCAGUACGCUGGUGUUACUAUAACGGAGGGAGAAGCAUUUAAUUUAAAUGAUAUAAGUAAUGGCAAAAUUGCAUAUGUGCACAACGGUGACGAGUCUACUGGCGAUUCAUUGAAAAUAGAUGUGAGUGAUGGAGUUCAUACAGUUACUAUCACUGUUAAGGUAACAGUACGUCCUGUUGAUGAUGAAGUACCAACUAUUACGCUGCCAAUUGGAACUAUUGGAUCGUACUUAGAUGUGUUGGAGAAUGGAGCCACUGAAAUAACAACCAAUGUCAUCCAAGGAACCGAUGAAGACACAGAUGAUCUUCGCCUGACCUUCAUUGUGGAGGACCAACCGCGGCUGGGAGAGAUCUUGGUUAAUGGAAUCCCCUCUGAAAGUUUUACACAACAAGACAUCAUCAAUGGGGUUGUGAUCUAUGCUCACACAGAUGGUGAGAUAGGACUGCAAAAGAAAGAAGAUUCUUUUAAUCUGACACUCACUGACAUGUCUGAUGAGUGGAACAUUGGAGGAAACAAGGUGCAAGGUGUCUGUGUACAAGUGACUGUCCUUCCUGUUGACAGUCAAGCUCCAAAUGUUAUUGUCGGAAAGCAGUUUACUGUGGUUGAAGGUGAUAAAAAUACAAUAUCACAGAAACAUUUGAAAGCUGAAGAUUUUGAUACCCCCAAUGAUGAUAUACUCUGUACUAUAAUUGUCCAACCAACUUCUGGCUAUGUAGAGAACAUUUCACCGGCUCCUGGGUCUGAAACAUCUCGUGCAGGAACUGCUAUCACUGCUUUCACUUUUAAAGACAUCCGUCUUGGACACAUUAAUUACGUUCAGAGCAUUCACAAAACUGUUGAACCAGUGGAAGAUAGAUUUACAUUCCGCUGCUCUGAUGGAAUUAACUUCUCAGAGAGACACUUUUUUCCAAUUGUUAUAAUACCUGCAAAUGAUGAAAAACCAGACAUUUUCAUGAGAGAGUUUGUUGUAAUGGAAGGUAUGAGCCUUGUUAUUGACACACCUAUUCUCAAUGCUGCAGAUGCUGACAUCCCUGCUAAUGAAUUAACUUUCUCCAUCAUUAAACCUCCAAAACGUGGUCAGAUAGUAAAUCAGCUUACUACAGGCACUGUCCUUGUCAACAGUUUUACUUUAGGUCAGAUCAGAGAAGGCUCCAGCAUUGUUUAUGAGCAUGAUGAUUCAGAAACUAAGGAAGACAGCUUUGAUGUUCGCCUUACAGAUGGGAAGUACAGUGUUGAAAAGACAGUAAUCAUUAUGGUCAUUCCAGUUGAUGAUGAAACUCCAAGAAUGACUAUAAAUAAUGGACUAGAAAUUGAAAUUGGAGAAACAAAAGUAGUAAAUGAUAAAGUUCUUCAAGCUACAGACCUGGACUCAGAAGACAAAACUCUUGUGUACAUUAUACGUUAUGGACCUAGUCAAGGUCUCUUGCAACAACUUGUACCUUCAGGGAAAUUUAAAAACAUUACAGUAGGAAUGAACUUCACCCAGGAUGAUAUAGACAAGAAUUUGAUUCAUUAUACACAUACUGGCCAGGAAGGUAUCCGCGACCUCAUCAAGUUUGAUGUAACUGAUGGCAUUAAUCCACUCAUCGAUCGUUACUUUUAUGUGUCUAUCGGUGGUAUUGAUAUGAUCUUUCCUGAUGUGGUCAGUAAAGGCGUCUCUCUAAAAGAAGGUGGAAGAGUAACUCUUACAACAGAUUUACUCAGUACCACUGAUCUGAAUAGCCCUGAUGAAAAUCUUCUUUUCAGUAUUACGCGGGCACCUGUUCGCGGCCACCUGGAAUGCACAGAUGAGCCUGGGGUACCUAUCACAACAUUCUCUCAGCUUCAGUUAGCUGGAAACAAAAUCUACUAUAUUCACACAUCUGAUGAUGAAGUGAAAAUGGACAGUUUUGAAUUUGAAGUCACAGAUGGAUACAACCCUGUGUUUCGUACUUUCAGAAUCUCUAUCAGUGAUGUUGACAACAAAAAACCUGUCCUUACUUUCCAUGACUUGAUGGUGAAUGAAGGAGAUGUAAAACUAAUUACUCCAUUUGAACUGACUGUUGAAGACAGAGACACACCUGAUCACUUGCUGCGGUUUACUGUGACGCAAGUUCCAGUUCAUGGACAGCUGCUAUUUAACCGCACUACAUCUAUUACAUCUUUUACCAAGCAGGACUUGAAUGAAAAUCUCAUCAGUUACAAGCAUGAUGGGACGGAAUUUUCUGAAGAUAGUUUUUCUUUCACAGUGACUGAUGGCACGCAUACUGACUUCUAUGUCUUCCCAGACACCGUCUUUGAAACGCGGAAAUCACAGAUGAUGAGAAUACGAACAAUGCCCAUCGACAAUGGUGUGCCUCAGAUUAUUGUGAACAAAGGAGCCCCCACCCUUCGUGGGCUCACCACAGGACACCUUGGGUUUACGAUUACCAGCAAAGCAUUAAAAGCUGAAGACCGUGAUAGCGUACACAGUGCUUUGAGAUUCAAGAUUCUGGAAGGUCCUGAACACGGCUAUCUUAUCCACAUGGGCAAAGGAAAUGAGAGUGUAACUGGAUUUACUCAAGGGGAAAUCGAUGACAUGAAGAUCUGUUAUGUGUUGAAGGAAGGGGACAAUGCGACAAGUGAUGUAUUCCACUUCUCAGUCGAAGACAGUGGUGGUAAUAAGUUGAAGAAUCAACUUUUCCGCUUGAACUGGGCUUGGAUCUCUCUGGAAAAGGAGUACUACCUCAUAGAUGAGAAUUCAAAAUUCCUGGAGGUUACAGUAAAGCGCAGAGGUUAUCUGGGAGAAACCUCGUUUGUUGGCAUUGGUACAAAAGAUGGCACAGCUGAGAAGGAUAAGGAUUUCAGAGGAAAGUCCCAAAAACAGGUGCAGUUCAAUCCGGGUCAAACCACAGCAUCUUGGAGAGUAAGGAUUUUGACAGAUAACGAAUAUGAACAGUCUGAAACAUUCCAGAUUGUACUUUCUGAGCCUGUCAUGGCUGUUCUCGAAUUCCCAGAGAUUGCAACUGUGGAGAUUGUAGACCCGGGUGAUGAGUCAACGGUCUUCAUCCCCAAAUCUUCCUAUUCCAUUGAUGAAGAUAUUGGUGAGCUGUUGAUUCCAGUGAUGAGGACAGGAGAUACAAGCCAGGAACUGAUGGUUAUCUGUUCCACACAUGAAGGCAGUGCAACUGGCACUAUUCCAUCAAGUGUGCUGUCUUACUCAGACUACAUCACUCGAGCAGAGGAUCACCACAGCGUCAUUCGUUUUGACCAGGAUGAAACGGAGAAAUUAUGCCAUGUAGUCAUCAUUGAUGAUUCUCUGUAUGAAAAUAAGGAGACCUUUAACGUCACACUGAGUAUGGCCAUGGGGGGCAGAAUAGGAGUACAUCCAUCAACUCAGAUUACCAUCCUCCCAGAUGUGAAUGAUGAGCCAGUUUUUUAUUUUGGAGACACCGAUUAUCAGGUAGAUGAAAGUGAAGGCCACGUGGAAGUCCAGGUCUGGCGAACUGGAACAGAUUUAUCUAAGACUGCAACUGUAACUAUUCGAUCUCGUAAAACAGAACCAGCAUCAGCUGAAGCUGGCAUCGAUUAUGUAGGCAUCAGCCGCAACCUGGAUUUUGCCCCUGGAGUGAACAUGCAGACUUUCCGUGUUACAAUCCUUGAUGAUUUAGGUCAACCAGCUCUAGAAGGACCAGAGAGAUUUGAACUGGUGCUGCGUAUGCCAGUGAAUGCUGUCCUUGGAGAACCCAGUAAAACCACCGUGCUUAUUAAUGACUCAGUGUCAGAUUUGCCUAAGGUACAGUUCAAGGAUGCAGCAUAUGUGGGCAAAGAGAAUGAUGGUCAGAUCACAGCAAUUGUUUACCGCAGUGGGGACACUAGCUACAAAUCCACAGUUCGGUGCUACACUCGACAAGCAUCUGCUCAGGUCAUGAUGGAUUUUGCUGAGCGUCCCAACACAGAUGAUUCCAUCAUUACGUUUCUUCCAGAUCUCUUUCAAGUGUCUCGUGACAGUCUGUCAUAUUUCACAGGCGAAAUUGAGAAACCCUGCACUGUGACUUUAAAUGAUGAUACAAUACACGAGGAGGAUGAGGAUCUGAGAUUGGUGCUCGGAACUCCAAAGAGCGAGUCCCCGUUUGGUGCUUCAAUUGGGGAAAAGAAUGAAACAGUGAUAAAAAUCAAGGACAGCGCAGACAAGGCAAUUAUUAAAUUUGGAGAGACCAAAUUCAGUAUCAGUGAACCUAAGGAACCCGGGCAGAUUGCUGUUGUAAAAAUUCCAGUACUUCGCCUUGGAGACACUUCAAAAGUUUCUAUUGUAAGAGUCCACACAAAAGAUGGUUCUGCGAUCUCGGGAGAAGACUACCAUCCCCUAUCAGAAGAAAUUGAAUUUAAAGAAAGUGAAACUGAGCACUUUGUGGAAGUUGAGGUGCUGUAUGACGGAGUGAGAGAAAUGCGAGAGGCCUUCACUGUCCAUUUGAAGCCUGAUGAGAACAUGGUGGCAGAAACUCAGUUAAACAAAGCAAUUAUAUACAUCGAAGAGAUGAAUAGCAUGGCUGAUGUCACAUUCCCGUCUGUCCCACAAGUUGUCUCGCUGCUUAUAUAUGAUGACACAUCCAGAGCAACAGAAACCCCUAGCCCACUGGCGGGUUAUCCUGUUGUCUGUGUUACGGCAUGCAAUCCUAAAUAUUCCGAUUAUGACAAGACAGGCUCAAUAUGUACCAGUGAGAACAUCAACGAUACCCUUACUCAUUACCGCUGGUUGGUGAGCGCCCCGACUGGCCCUGAUGGAGUGACUAGCCCUAUGAGAGAAGUAGACUCAAAUACGUUCUUCACCUCAUCCAAGAUGAUUACUCUGGACUCCAUCUACUUUCAAGCUGGUUCCCGGGUGCAGUGCGCUGCUCGAGCAGUUAAUUCCAAUGGGGAUGAGGGGCUUGAAUUAAUGAGCCCCAUUGUAUCAGUCAACAUUGAGGAAGGUCUGUGCCAGCCCAGAGUACAAGGAGCAGUCGGUGCUGAGCCUUUCUCUGCUAAGCUCCGUUACACGGGAUCCGAAGACCCAGAUCAUCCCAACCUUAUAAAAGUGACUGUAACAAUGCCUCACAUUGAUGGUAUGCUCCCUGUUAUCUCCACACGCCAGCUGUCUAACUUUGAACUCACUCUCAGCCCUGACGGCACUCGAGUUGGCAACCACAAAUGUUCUAACUUGCUGGACUACAAUGAAGUGAAGACGCGUUAUGGCUUUUUGUCAGAUUCCACUAAAAACCCUGAGGUGAUUGGAGAAACCGCUCCAUACCAGUAUAGCUCAUCUCUGCGUGGAUCUUCUACGCUGCGGUUCUACCGAAACCUCAACCUUGAAGCUUGUCUCUGGGAGUUUGAGAGUUUCUAUGAUAUGUCUGAGCUGCUCACGGACUGUGGAGGCACUAUUGGGACUGAUGGCCAGGUUUUAAACCUUGUGCAGUCCUAUGUAACUCUGCGGGUGCCUCUUUAUGUCUCCUAUGUUUUCCAUUCCCCGGUGGGAGUCGGUGGCUGGCAGCACUUUGACCUGCAAUCGGAGCUUCGUUUGACUUUUGUAUACGAUACUGCCAUCUUGUGGAGGGAUGGAAUUGGCAGCCCACCAGAGGCUGAAUUGCAAGGUGCUCUUUACCCAACCAGCAUGAGGAUCAACAGUGAAGGACGCCUGGUAGUGAACUUCCGUACAGAUGCACGAUUCCAGGGCCUUUUUGUUAUGUCACAUGCUGCAUCACCACUUAGUUCCAUGGUUAUGUCAGCUGAUCAUCCGGGAUUGACCUUUACCCUCAGUUUAGUACGGACUGAGCCAACGUACAAUCAUCCUGAGCAACAGUGGAGCUUCACUUCAGAUUUUGCUGUCCGUGAUUAUUCAGGAACAUACACUGUGAAGCUUAUUCCUUGUGUCUCUGCUCCGAGCCAGGAGUAUACCAUCCCAAUUGUGUGCAAUCCAAGGGAGCCAAUAACCUUUGACCUUGACAUCAGGUUUCAGCAGGUGAGUGAUCCAGUUGCUGCUGAGUUCAGCCUGAAUACUCAAAUGUUCCUGUUAAAUAGGAGGGGUCUCUGGCUGUCUGAUGGCUCUAUGGGAUUUGGAGAAGGCAGUGAUGUCGCUUUCACGGAAGGAUCAGUUGUCUAUGGACGUGUGAUGGUUGAUCCUGUGCAGAACCUGGGAGACUCUUUCCAUUGUAGUAUUGAGAAGGUGUUUCUGUGUACAGGAGCUGAUGGUUAUGUGCCCAAGUACAACCCAAUAAAUAGUGAAUAUGGCUGCCUGGCUGACUCAUCAUCUCUCUUAUACAGGUUCAAAAUCCUGGAUAAGGCUCAGCCCGAGACACAGGAUCCAUAUUUUGGAAAUGUUGCAUUCAAUGCUAAACUUGCAAUAGAUGAUCCUGAAGCAAUUACACUUUCCAGGCAGCCUGGAUCUGAUGGCUUUCGAAUAGACUCCUCCCCACUCUUCCAGGUGGCUGCUGGUCGUGAGUGGUAUAUUCAUGCCAUUUACACUGUGCGGUCUAAGGACACUGCUAGCAGAGGCAUUGGAAAGAGAAGUGUGGAACAUCAUAUUCUUUCACAUUCUGGAAGUGUGAGCUCCGUGGGGCAUUCACGCCAACGGCGAUCAGUUAAAGAAACCCCCAUACUGGCUGAGGACAUUGGCAUCGAGAACAACAGAGGAACCAACAUUCAACAUAUUGCCUUGGACCGCAGCAACAGGAAGAAGGUUGUCGAGGAAGAGAUCCACCCUGAAGGAGCUGUUGCUAGGUCACCAAAUGACCGAGGUGACAAAAUUGGCAAUGUUCCCAUUAUUGGAGGCAUUGCAGCCUUAGUACUAGCUAUUUGUGUCAUCAUUAUCAUUGUUGUCCUGUUGAAACGCAGAACGCAAUCAGACAAGGGAGCAUACAAGAAAUCAUGCAGAAUCCAGACCAUGACUGCACAGGGUUAUCACAGCGACAGUUCUGAGGUGUGAUCAACAUCAAGUUUUAUUGCAGCCAAAUCCAAAGUGCCUCAGAGGACUUGAACUGUGCCUUAUUACAAAGACCGGAACAUUAUUUAUCCAAUUACUGUAGUCACUUGACUUCAGCUGUACUUGAAUGUUUGGUUUUGGAACCCAUGCAACAUUGCAUUCACAGGAACUAGAUCCUGGGUCUCAGGUACCACCUUUGCACAGAAUUCAGCAAGUGACCUGCAAUGCACUGUAUAUCAAGAGGCACUGCACAGACUGCAUCACAUGUGGGGAAGGGGGUUGGGACACAGCCAAGGGUUAAGUGAGAGGGGAAUCCAUCAUUUUUUUAAUUGCUUCCCCUGAACAGGAUUAAAAGACAAUUAUCCAAAGGUGCUAUUAGUCCUUUCCUAUUGAUAAGGAGAUAUAUUAACUUAUGUAGAUGAUGGAAAGACUGGAGGUGCAGUAGUUAGAAGACUCAAUAAAUCACUUUUUUAUUCUGUUUGUUUCUAGCCCAUAAAUGAAUAAAUCAGCAUUUUAUAUAAGAAUAUUGCAGUAUGGACAAAUGGACAGGAAGGCUAACCAGUCAUGGAAUAGCAAAAUAGUUCCAAGGGAAAUGCAUUAUAAUCUUUGCAUCUCCUGAUAAACCUUUAUAAAUACUUAAAAAGAAAACCACCUAGAGAUGUCAGUUGUUUUCAUUUGGGAAUAUUGAGGCGCUUUAGCUUGCACAUCCUGUGGUCUGUAGGUUAUCCACAUGGUGCAUUCUUGUUUUGUGUCUUUAUUUGAAAUUCUUGUACAGGUUCAACUUGUUCAUUUCAUGUCUCAUAUUAUGCUUUAAUCUGCAAGAAGAUGUAUUUACUGCAUGUAUACUGCUGUCACUAAGUGUUAUCUUGUGCUGCAUGAGGGAAUAGCAGAUGGUGGGUAUUAAAAUGUUUAGCGGGCUAGUUGUAACUGUCCUUGGUAGCCACGGAUGUGACUUCCUCAAAUUUAAAUAAAAACUCACCACAUCACUAUUUUUUACAUUGUGGCGAGUGAAGUAAACUUUGGACUUCCUCACGGAAUAGUUUUAGACCAUGACCAGGUAAUCUCUGCACUGAUGCAAGAAUAGACCUAAUAAUUAGGUCUUUAGUAAUUACGUGUGGCUUCAUACAGUGUUGUCACUUUGACUACUUAGUGCAUUGAUACCAUCAUUUCAUAGGAAAAGAAAUCACAAAAAAGCCAAUAGAUUUUGAUAUUUUCUGUUUCCCUUAAUUCAUCACUUCAAAUUAGUACUAUCACCAGUAAUUCAUCUGCGACUAGCAGUACUUCAUUUUUAUGUUGUAAAACCUCAAAUCACCUCCAGAAACAAUCCCCAUAGGAUUAGAAUUAGACUAUUUUUCUUCACACUUUGAGUGGAUGUAAUAUAAAAUUUCACAUACAAAGUGUUAUAUUUUAUUGAGACCCUAUUGACAACAGCACACUGGCUCCUCAGCUUUGUGUGUGCCUGAUGUGUAAACAUGACAGCUUCAUAAUAGAAUAUGUAGUGACAAAUUUUACAACAGAAAUGCUCCAAAGUGCUCAGCUGAUGGUAAGAGGGGGCCUUAGGAACCCUGUAGGUGCUUUGUGUAUAAACAACCAAAAAGGCUAAAAUAAUUCACUGUUCACUUAACGUUUUUUUAAUUUCUUACUUUUUAGGCACUAUUAGUAAUCUGUUUUACAUUUGCCAUUGUAAUUCUUUAUAUACAGUACCAUCUGUUCAUUUGGAGUGGGAAAACUAUGCACUGUGUGGAAAUAGAAUUUACCCACUCUGCUUAAAAGGAUGAUUUAGCUAUUCUACACAUUUUGCUGUAUCCUUAGCAUCACUAGCUUGUUGUGUUUGGAACGUUGUUUGAAAAUCCAGUUGUUCCAUUGUGGGAUUAUUGAAUUUUGCUUUCCUGAGAAGCAGUCAGUAUUAAACUUAUUGGCUGCAUAUUGUAACUAUUUGUAACAGGCCAGCAAGUAUAAAGUUGGCAAAAAUCAUUUCUAGGAAUAGUGUAAAAAGCUGCAUCUAAAAACAAUAAUUUUAACCCUUCCUUUCUUUUUUAGGAAUGUGUUCAUAUUGCAUUCAAAUAAAAAUUCUUU